UGCUUCAAUCAACAAUAGGAGAUUUAUGCUGUCAUAGAGAAGAUAAUUUACCAAACUCACUCAAUUUAUCAAUUAUGAUGGUUAGUGUAAACACUAUUAUUGAACUAUGGGAAAGCUACGGUAUUCCAGAAUCUGUUAACUUGUUACAAGAACUUGGGGUUGAUACAUCCCAGGAUUCUGUUUAUAUACCUGAUUUAGUGACUACUAUCAGCAAUCAACUCUAUAAAGUUCGAAAUAAUUUUGUUGAUUAUUCAUYAACAGAGUAUGAUUUCAUUAAUACACCAUUUGUUUUGAUAAUAGCUCAAAGCUCGUUGAAUGAGUAUCAGGUUAAAUGGCUCAAAAUGAUUAUUGAGCAAAUGAGUUGUGAAAGAGAUAAAUUAAAGUCUGAUGUUGAAAGUGCUAACAAUAGAGCAUUAAUGCUUGCACAAGAAGUUGAUGAAAAUCUUAUGAAAUUAGAAAAAUCAUCAGCAAAUAAAAUUGUGUAA